GGCCGCUUUUGGGCGCUGCGCGUGCGUGCGCGGGGACGGGGACGGUUUGUUGUGAGGGCCAGUCAGGCUGGCGGAGUGACGGUGCUGUGUGUGGCGGUGGCGGGGGGGGGGAGAGUGAAGGCGCUGAUUGCUGUGCAGAAAGGCAAAUGUCAUAAAAAACGAUUGGGUGACGUCAAAGGGGAAGGCAUGAAGCCCUGGAGACGGCGGCGUUUACGGUCGCUGGUGCACGGAUGGGCGCCGCUCGUGGGGAAGUUUCAUGGCAGGUUCGGUCGCCAAGUGCCUUCCGCCGGUGUUUAAGUGCGAACAGAACGGCUACCGGGGUGGUGGUGGUGACGGCAGGGGAGGCAGCGACGUGGGCGGCCGUGGUUCACGUACCCGGGAUGGCGUGAUGUCCGCGGGGAGGAACGGCAACCCGGCGGCUGCGGCGCCUUCCAGUCCCACGCUCGACAUGGAAGAGGAUGCGAUUCUUCGGCAACUCAACAGCCAGGCUUUGAUCAAACGCACCGAGGCACUCAGGGCACUCCGUGUCAGUGUCAGGCAGAAUGCAGGCAGGUUGGCCUUUGCCAACAAGAAGGAUCUAUUCUCAACUUUGAACGAAGUGCUAGUGGACGGCAGAGGGGAGGUCAAAGUGGCGUGCAUUCAGCUGAUAUCAGAAAUCAUUCAAGGGUCGGAUUCAGAUCUGGAUUACUUUAGGGCUGCUGUGCUGCCCAACCUUAUACGGAGUCUGCGGGAUGACAACCCUAAUGUGCGCAAGGAGCUCGUGCAAACCUUGCAUGCAUAUUUAAAAUGCCCCAACAUCUCUAAGGACGUUUUCUGGGCGAUGAUAGAGCAUGGACUGGAAAGCCAGGAUGCUAUUGUUAGGAGAGCUGUAACUAAUGUUUUACCCAUCCUACUUACUAAGGAGUUCAAAAGUGACAAUUUAUUUGAUGUAACCCUUUGUCUAGCUAAAAAACUAAAUGGUGAUAGUGUGGACGACUCAUUCUCAGCCUUUGCUACCAUGGGACAUAUAAAACAUCAUAUUGGCGAAGAAGAAUUCAACUCUUACUUAAAACGUUUGCCAUUGACUCUUAGAAAAGAUUAUAACAAAUUAAUGGAAAUAAAAUAUGAGUCGCAGUCCAAGUUAAAUGGAGAUGCUGUUCCUGAGCUGGAGCUAAGUAGGAACUUUAGGACAAAUUCAGGAUUUCGUGGAAGAUCUAUCAGUCAUAUCAAAGAUGUCUCUCAAUUUUCCAGACAAGUUUCCAAAGACUGUAGCAACUUGGAGUUUCAAAUAAUUCCACAGGAAUUGUAUGUUCGGCUUCUAGAUCGGGAAGAUUAUAAGAGUCGAACUCAUGCUGUUGAAGAGCUAAAGAAUGUUGUUGACAGCUUUAAUUUUAUGGCUCUGUCUUCUACAGCUAUUUUGAGUUUUAUUGGCUUUUUAAGUACUUUGCUUGAUGACUCAAAUUUUAAAGUUGUACAUGGUACACUGGAAAUCAUCAACUUACUGGUACUUAAGUUAAAUCAUGGUGUGGUAAAUUAUCUCAAGCCCAUUACAUCUGCAACAAUAAAAGUGCUAGGUGACAAUAAAGUUGUCACCAAACAGGAAUAUAUGAAAGUCUUUAUGGGUUUAAUGAAGCAGAUUCGACCUCAAAAAAUACUUGAUAUUUUGCUUGACAAUAUCAAACACAAAAAUUCCAGAGUUAGGGAGGAAAUAUUAAACAUUGCCAUUGCUUCACUUUUGACUUUUCCGAGUGAAGACUUUGAUUUGCCCAAACUUUGUCAUGUUAUUGCUCCAUCAUUGACUGACUCUAAGAGAAAGGUUCGCCAUGCUGCAUUAGAGGCUUUUGCCGUGUUAGCUUCAUCUUUUGGUUCCAACAAGAAGUCUUUGAUUAAGGCAGUGGAUACUGUAGAAUUACAGGAAGAUGGGGAUGGUGUAAUGGCAGCAAUACAAGCCAGACUAGCAAGGCGAACUCUGCCAAAAUUAAGUCCUCAAGGACUUGUAGAAUACGCAAUACCAAUGCCAUCUUCUGCCCAUGGUAGAGGGAUGCAGGUUCCAUUAGGAGCAGAUACUGAGUGGCUGCUGGCUAGCGGAAGAACCCAGAGUGCCCACAGUUAUCACGGUGAUCAUGAGCCUCAAUCUUUGGGGUCACCCAGCCCUAAUACAGAUGAAUAUACCUCAUUCAGAAGAGUAUUAAGUGCUGGCCGAGCAAAGAACAAAUUACCAUGGGAUUGCACAAGCUCAACCUGCAGGGGAUCUGGUCAGCAAACUGGGUUUUCCAAUACUGCUCCUGCAGAGCAGGUUCAACUGUCCAAUGAUGUGCAGCAGUCUCCAAAACUAAGGAGCAGUCAGAUGAUGCAUGCUGCUGAUGAAGUGUUUUUUACCAGACAAUCUAAUAUCAGAAAUACAAACCUUGAGAAUAAUUUGACCAUCCUAACAAAUUCUGGAUUUGGGGAACCAGUUCACACUCAUCCUGGAAGUAGGAGGAUGCCUUUUAGUUCCUCCAGAAUGCUAAAUGUGCAAAGUCUUAGUGUGGACUCUGACUUGCAGCUUUUGGGCAUUGGAAACCACUUGCCACAAGACAAAGUUCGUUCCAGCUUGGUUCUGUCCUGCAAGAACCGUGCUCUCUACAGCCCUAUGCCAAUCGAAGCUGCGCCAUUUCCAAUUUCCACUUCCAGCCAGGGAACUCAUUAUCUUCCAUCUUUUCAAUUACCAUCUGGAAUUCGACUUAACCAGAUCUCUGCACUCGAAGGAUCCUCGAAGAAAUUUCAAGAACAAUGUGUUAAUUUUUCAAACUCAUGGCCUACAAAACAUUUUGAAGGGGCUUCUACAGCCAGUUCACGGAGGUUAACUAACCAAUUAUCUGAGGAUCUGCUCACUUCUGGAGACAACUCGCAAGAAAAUCGUUCUCCUAUAUCACUCAAACCUGCACUGGUGCGGUCACCAUCAUCUCGGAGAGAUCUUAACACAACAAAGCCAGUUCCUCCCAUUCCAAGGGGUACUAGUCCAAUGGUUGAAGCAGAAGUACCUGAUUGUGAUAAUAGAAAAGAAACAAGUAGAGCAGAAUCUAAAGAGGUAUGGGAGGAAGAGAACAACAUUGACAAAAAUCUGGAAUUGAAUCUUUCUUUGUUGGAUAACAAUGAAGAUGAAACUGAUCACGAAGAGAUGAUGAGUGCCCUAAGGUCACUAAGAAACAGUGCUGCAAAGAAAAGGGCUAAAUUGAGCAAUGGUGCAUCUGAUAUUGAGAGUCCAGAUUCCGCCCUUAAACUGGAACUUGGCUUGGAUUCUACAUCACGUACUUCAUCACCUUAUACAAGCACUUACAGUGAAAGCGAUAGUUACAGCCAGGAUUCUUUGAUUUCCCCAGUGCCUUGUGGCAAGAAAGUAAUGUCUGAUGGGUGUAUUCAGUUAGGAUCUAAAGCCUACCAUAGUCGAAUGCCAUCAGAAAAGUCCAGGCCUCCUCCAGUGGAAUACAACUCCAGCUCAGGAGUGACUUUCCAUGAUAGAAACACCUCUGAUGUGAGUAUUAUUGGACAACGCAUGACUUAUGGAAAUGGAAUAUCAUAUUUUGAAGAGGAGAAACAAAAUGAAAUAUCUCAGGUUGACUCUAACUUACAAUCCAAAGAGCCUCAAAAAAGUACUAGUAAUAAACCUGCAAAAGGAUCUACCAUCAGCACGCAGCUGGUGGGUAAUCACGAUAUCAUUUCUGGUAAUGAACUCCAUGAGGAUUCUGUGGUUGUAGUAGGAAAAGGUGUCUUCGGAAGUCCCCAGUCAGUUAAUGUAAUACACAACCCAGCUGUCACCCCAUCUAAUAGUGCGGAUGAUGCGUGCGAACGAAGGCCAACAAUGGACCUUCCUUCAGGAAUCUAUGGAAGGGCUGUACAUCAGAAUAGUCAAACCGGCUUUGAUAUUGUACAGAAUGAAAGAGAGAUCUCCAUGUCAAAAUCAGCUCGGAAUAAGAUGAAGCAAAGGAAACAGGCAGGAGCUCAACAGUGUCAUACAGAUGAACUAAGAGACCGUAAUUAUAAAGAUCCUGUAAAAAAGGAAGAAAGGUUGCAUGAAAAAUUAAGGAUUGCAGGUCCAGACGAGGCUGGAACUGAAAGGUUGGACAUUAGUGGUGAGGUUUUCCUUCCAUUGAAAACUGAUUCUUCACCCGUGGAAGUAGCCACUCCUAAUCUUUCACAACUCAAACGUAGUGCUAGUGUGAGGAAAAGUCGCGUUUCCAGCUCACCAAAUUCUGGAGGAGAGAACUCUCCAGGAUGCAGAAUAUCACACAGAGAUCAAACAUCUUCAGUCUUGCCUAGUUUAGAGCUUGUAGAUCCAUGUGAAGCUAGACCUUUCUCCAAACCAGAUCUUGCAUUAUCAGAAGCUUUGAAACUCAUAUCUGACGAAGAUUGGGAGAAAAAAAUUGAAGGCAUCAAUUGCAUUCGAUGUUUGUCUGCACACCACACAGAUGUGUUAACAGCAAGAUUGCAUGAGGCUGUCUUUGCUGUUGUUCAAGAGGUGAAAAAUCUACGUUCUGGUGUUUCACGAAUAGCAGUGCUCUGCUUGGGAGAAUUGUUCACAGUUUUAAAAAAGAAUAUGGAUCAAGAACUGGAUAUUACUGUUAAAGUCCUUUUACAUAAAGCAGGUGAAUCAAAUGCCUUCAUACGGGAGGAUGUUGACAAAACAUUGAAUGCAAUGGUCCUCAAUGUUACCCCAGCGCGAGCAGUUUCCUCCUUAAUAAAUGGUGGACUAAACCACCUUAAUGCUGUGGUCAGAAAAUGUACAGCACAGCAUCUUGCCAAUGUGGUGGAGCGAAUGGGAGCAGGUCGAAUAUUAUCUGGAAUUAAAGAUAUAACUGAUCGAGUUGUACUUGCAGUGGCAAAAUUUGCACAGGAUGGAUCACCAGAAACUAGGUACUAUGGACGCAAGAUGCUGUCUAUUAUGAUGCCUCAUCAUGAUUUUGACAAAGUGCUUGAAAAGCAUUUAUCGCCGAGGGACCUUCCUUAUAUUCGAGAGACUGUCAAUAAUCUCCGACAAAAGGGCCUUGGAGAAAUGCCAUUAGAUACCCCAUCAGCGAAGAUUAGACGAUAUCCAGGUAGUGGAAGUAUGAGAGCUUCGUCUAGCUCCAGGGAGGUACAAAGUUUAACAGGAAGGGAUAUCAUAGAAGCAGUGGUGAAUUUACGUGAUUAUACAUGGAAGCCUUCUCCACGAAACUUGAUGGAAAAUGCAGAAUACCUGAAGGAAAUAACUGGCCUUUUGGGUGCGAAGGACUUUCGGGAUCGUAGCCGAGGGAUUGAACAGUUAUUAACAGAUUGUCAAAACAACCAGGAACUUGUUAUAGUGAACAUUGUUAAGAUAUUUGAUGCCUUCAAACCUCGAUUGCAUGACUUCAACAGCAAGGUGAAUCAAAUGGCACUAGAAGCCAUGCAGAAAAUAAUCCCAUUACUGAAGAAUAAUCUGGCUCAAGUUUUGAAUAUACUUAUUCCUGCUAUUGUAGACAAUAAUCUGAAUUCUAAGAACCUUGGGAUUUACAAUGCUGCUAUCAAUGUUAUUGACGCCCUUGUUCAACAUAUAGAUAAUUUACAGCUGCUUCAACAUUUCUGCAACAAGGCUCAAUUCCUGAAUGGAAAAGCCAAACAAGACAUGACUGAGAAAAUUGCAGAUCUGGUGCCAGACCUCUAUAUACGAAAACCUCAAAUUGUCGAGCAAAAGGUUUUACCAGUUUUGUGGCAUCUUCUGGGGAACAUGACGAACAGUGGUUCACUUCCUGGUAGCGGAGGAAAUAUUCGUAUUGCUGCAGCUAAAUUGGCAAAAGUUCUGUUUGAACAAAUGGGUCAAAGCUUAAUUGAUCAAGCCCCUACUCGGCCACCACAUAUUUCAAAGACUUUACAAGACCUGCUAGAUUCCACUCCCUAAAACCAGAAAGCAGCUUCAGUGACAUUUUCAGUGAAAAUAAGAGGGAUUAUAACACAAAUGUGUUCCUAUUGUACCUGCACUUUUCACACAUUGAAAUGGAUCUUUUAUUAAGGACUAGAACAAAUCUCUGCUCAUAUAUAUGGUACAAGUUGAUAUUGGAUUCUAAAUUUUGUAACUGUUGCAAUAUACAGUUUGGUUUCUGCAGUAACCAUGAGCAACAUUUACACUAAAAAUCACUGCAGCUAAUUUUGCACUUCUGUACAGUAGAAUCUAAUAAGCAUGUAACUAUCACUAUGGAAAUUGUCAUUUAUUUUAAAGAUGUAGUGCACAUGAAAUAUAUUAUAUUUGUUUCUAUAUUUGUAAUCAAGUGUUAACUAAUAUACCCACUGAUCACUAUUUAAUGCUAAGUUUCUAUAUCAUUGGAGGCUGGGAGAGGGAAGAAUGUAAUUGGUAGAGUGUCUUGGCUGGCAAAGUUGAAUCAAUGUUUAUUUUGUAUUAGUCCUCCAAGAUGAAAGCGUUUAUGUCUCCAAUUGUGUAGUGUUAGUUUUCUCCUGGUUGUAAAUUAUUUCAUUAGCUUGAAAGCUGAACAUAGAAUUCUGCUUUUACAUUGUGUUUAAAAUACGUUAACAAGGCAUGACCAAGAUCUCUGAAAGAAAAAUAUUUUUGUUACAGAUUCUAAUACAUAGUUGUCUUAAAGCAACAUUGAUAAAUGUAUAUUCCAUAUUUUUGAGCGUACAAAAUCUUGCUUUUACCUACAAAUUUGUGAAAUAACACUAAAGCCCAUUUGUGUAUUUGUACAGUCAGUUGACAAUAGCGCCAGUGCUCUUGUACAGGCAAAGGUAUGUGAUGUUAGGCAAAAUGUUUAAAGGAAGUAAAUGACUUUAUUUGUUUAAA